AUGUCUUCCGAAACAGAGAUAUUCUUCCCGGACAUCCUUCCCUUCCCGUUUAUCGUUCAUGCUCUCCUUCCACGCGUCACAGAUCCAGUGAAGCAUGGUCAGAAGAUUCUCAACUACGCGUUCGUACAUCACCCCGCCGGUGCCUCGGGUCCGCCGGAGACACGCUUCGGCUCAUGGGACGCAACCUUCGAAGGGGAACUCAAGGCAUGGAAUGUCAAGCUCGGAGAGACAAUCACCCGCGAACGCGCCAGGUCCAAACCGGCUCUCCGAAUACUGGAGCCAUGCAAGCACGGCAUUCAGUUCAACGGUCUCUGUGCGCUAUGCGGAAUAAACAUGGAUCACUUCGACUAUACCGGUCGUGCUGAGUCUUCACGAGCUACAAUUCAAAUGACGCAUUCUGCCUCUGGGCCCACAGUCUCACUCGAAGAGGCACAACGAUUAGAGCGGGAAACUGCAGAGCAUCUUCUGAAGUCCCGAAAACUCUCCCUAAUCGUUGACCUUGACCAAACUAUCGUCCACGCGACAGUCGACCCGACUGUGGGAGAUUGGAUAACAGAAGGUGAGGCUUGGGAGGGGAGGCAUGCUCGUCGAGAAGCGAAGAGGAAACAAGCUGCUGAGGGAGAAAAGGAGGAUGGUAGCGAGGACAGCGAAGAUAGCGAGGAGGACGAUUCGGAUGAGGAUGAGGUCAAUCCGAACUGGGAGGCAUUGAAGGAUGUCAAGAAGUUCCGCCUUCCCCCAGACAACUUUUGUGCUCCUAAAUCUCGCUGGAAAGACAAGCAUGUUGACAAGGGUAUCCAGAAUGAAGGCUGUUUAUACUAUGUCAAACCUCGACCUGGUUGGAAAGAAUUUCUUUCGUCUGUGGCUUCCAGAUAUGAGAUGCAUGUUUACACGAUGGGAACGCGGGCGUACGCCGAGAAGGUUUGUGCAGCGAUCGAUCCUGAUGGGCGAUUGUUCGGAGGUCGAAUAUUGAGUCGUGAUGAGAGCGGCAGUUUAACGCAGAAAAGCCUGCGCCGUCUUUUCCCUUGCGAUACAUCAAUGGUGGUAAUUAUCGAUGACCGAGCCGAUGUCUGGGAAUGGUCCCCGAACUUGAUUAAGGUUAUACCAUACGAUUUCUUCAUUGGAAUAGGAGAUAUCAACUCAACAUUCUUGCCUAAACUUGAUGCCAUGGGAACUGGUAAUGUUUCACAAGACGGCCCAGAGACACCUACAGAAUCAUCUGAUGCUCCUGCCCAACUUACGCCUCCCAUACCUGUCCCGUCGUCCCCUACUCCACCUUCGACCACCGGAUCGGAACCUGUUUCCGAGGACACCGCCGAUGAACUUCCAGGAGAUCAGCAGUCUGCUAAGAAGACCGAAAUGAUCACACAAAACACUCUUGCUCUGGAGGCGCAGGUGGAGGAGCGACCAUUGGCGAAGAAACAAGAACAGCUAGAAAGUGAUGAUGACACAGAAAAGCCUGAUGACGCAAAAGAAUCCGAACAUCGGUCAUCGAAUGGCGAGACAGUUGUACAGACCGAGCAUCCAAAAUCCAAACACCAUAGAAAGGCGCUACUCAAGAACGACGACACGGAGCUUAUGCGUGUCAGGCAGCUCCUUGAUGAAGUACAUACACGAUUUUUCGGUGCAUACGACAAUCGGUUACCAGAGAAUAAUACUAGCAAGAGGCGACGGUCAGUCGCACGACUAGAAGUCCCUUAUGAUGUGAAGUUUAUAAUUCCAAAUAUACGAAAGGAAACGUUUAAAGACGUGCAUAUACUAUUUUCUGGUGUUAUUCCUACGAAUAUACGAAUGGAUCACGAGGCAACGGAAAUCUGGAGAAUGGCUAGGGCGUUUGGGGCUACAUGCCAUAGAGACUUGGACAAAGAAGUCACGCACGUCGUAACAUCUAAGAGAGGAACUCAGAAGGUUGAGAAGGCUAGGUCCCAACCUAAUAUAUUUGUUGUCUGGCUGCAAUGGUUUACGGAUUCCGUUGCGCAAUGGAGACGACAAGACGAACGGCGAUACCUUCUAGACGCUACCCAGGAUGACUCGACGCAACAAGAUGUCGCAUCAUCGAGCCCGCCUUCGGAUCCAAAUGCGAUUUCGACGGACACCGAUCCCGAAGGUCUAGUAGGUGACGGUGACGAAGAGGACUUGUUGGAAGAUUUACUAGAUGAAGCAGUUGAAGCGGUCCCUAACAGUGAGUCACUGGUGGCUCCUACUGGAGAAUCAGCAGGAGUGACGGACCUGGACACGGAGGGCCCUUUAAAUCUCAACGAGGUAGAUUGGCAGAACGCCAAUGACGAGGUUGACGCGGCGAUGAUGGAGAGUGAUAGCGAAAUGGGAGAUGAUGACGAUGAUGAUGUGCGAAGUACGGGAAGCAUUCGGAGUAGCAAUGUAUCUGAGGAUGAAUCCGCUGCGGAUGAAGAAGUUGGCGGAACUAGUCUCACUGUUACGACUCGACAAGAACGCAAACGAUUACGAAGCAUCACACCAUCCGAGCGCGGUCAAAUAUCCGAAGAGCUACGGUCGCCCCUAGCAAAACGGAAGAAGAUUGCCGCGAGCCGCUCCGGCAUGUCCAAACUCAAGACGGCUGUGUCAGUGAACGAACUCGCGACUAAGGGGAGCGAUGACGGCUCUGUUGAGGUAGAUUCUAGCAACCCGGGAACGCCGGUGCAGGAGAACGGCAGCAAUGGAAGUUUCGAUGACGGUGAUGAAGAAACAGAAGAUGGUGAAGAAAUUGAUGACGAUUUCUUGGCCAGAGAGAUGGAGGCGGAACUUGGAUGAAAAGUGAACUGCGUGCACUCCCUCCGACAUAACGACUCAUAACGCUAAUCGCAAUAACUUAUUAACUAUACUCUUAUAUUUUGGAGGACAAACCUUGCAGUCUGAUCUAGAAUAAUAUA